AUGGCGUGGAGGUACACCGUCAACAUACCUCUAUGGAUCCAGGGCAAGGACGCAGAGGGCGAGGCCGUGACGCUGUACCGCGUUAACGUGCUGGUGCAGCCCCCCGACGCGACCGACCAAGCGGCGCUGUCGCGGCCGCCGUUUUUCGUGCUGCGCCGCUACUCACAGUUCCGCCAGCUGUUCCUGGAUCUCAAAGCGCAGAUGCCAGAUCUCAUGCGCGACCGGGCGCUGCAGCCGCCCCCCAAGCACCCGCUGCAGCUGGGGGGUCAGAAGGAGCUUCUGGACCAGCGGCGCGCGGAUCUGGAGCGCUGGAUGUGGCAGCUGAUCGGGCGCCCCGAGAUCGCGCGGGGCGGCGCCAUCAAGGCGUUUCUGGAGUUCGAUAAGGCCAUGGCGCGCGCGGCGCAGCUGAGCACCUCCCCCGCCGGCACGCCGCCGAUCGGCUCGCCCCGCCACCCGCACCAGCGGCAGCCCCGCGCCGGAGCCGCGGCCGCAGCCUCGGCGGCUGGCGGGGCGGCGCAGAAUGGCGGCGCGGCGCGCGCCAGCACGGCGUCGUCGGAGACGGGGGCGGCGCCGGAUUGGGACGACGCGCGCAGUGAGGCGUCCGGGUCCAGCUACAACCCAAACGGCCCGGACGGCCCGCCUGCCUGGGCGGGCGCCGCCGCGGGCGCGGGAGCGGGGGCCGCCACUGCGGGGGCAGCUUCGCGUGGGGCGCCGGGCGGCGGCGCGGCGAUGCGGCUGUGGCUGCGGCUGGAGCAGCGGUCGGACGUCCGCAGGCUGGUAGACAUGCUGUCCCGCGGGGUGCGCCAGGCGGCGGACGAUCUGGCGGCGGCGGUCAACGAGGUCAACCAGCUGCGCGCCAACAACGGCGCGCUGGCGAGCCAGAUCGCAGAGCUCACGGGCGGCGGCGGGCCGGGCGCGUGGGAGGAGGCGCAGCGCCAGCUGGCGGCGGAGCGCGCCCUCUCUGUGCAGCUGCGCGCCCGCCUGGCGGACGCGGAAGCUUCCCAGCGCGAGUUCAUCGACCUGGAGCAGCAGCUGGCGGAGGCGGAGCGCGCGCGCGCGGCGGCGGCGGCGGCGCUGCGGGACGCUGAGCAGCGGGUCCAGGCGGCGCAGCAGGGGGAUGCGGCAGCCACGUCCCGGCUGGAGGAGGCAGCGGCAGAGGCGGAGGAGGCGGCGCGCCGCGCUGAGGAGGCUGCGGCGGCGGCGGCUGCCGAGCGCGCUGAGCUAGCAGCUGACGUGUCGCGGCUCAAAAACGAGCUGUCUGCGGCGCUUGAGGCGCGGCGCGCCGCAGAGGCCACGGCCGCGGCCGCGCAGGGCGAGGCCGUGUCCGAGCGGGGUGCGGCUGCGGCGGCCGCGGCCAAGGCACACGCGGACCAGCUGGUGCUGGCAAAGGAGAUCAAGCGCCUGCGGUCCCAGGUGUCUGCUUUGCAGUCUGAGGCGGCACAGCUUCGCCAGGCGCGGGACGAUCAGGAGCGCGAGGCCGCGGCCGCGCUGCAGCGGCAGCGGGAGGAGCUGCAGCAGCAGAUCUCGGCGGCUUCCGCGGCGGCGGCUGCCGAGCAGGAGCAGCUGCGCGGCAGCUGGGAGGGGCGGCUCGCGGCGGCGGAGGCGGCGGCCGCGGAGGGGCGCGGCGAGCUGGAGCGGCAGCUGGCUGACGCGCGGGCGGCGGCGGAGGGGCAGCGGGCGGCGGCGGCGGCGCUGCUGGCGCGCGCGGAGGCGGCGGAGGCUGCUGCUGCGGCGGCGGCAGUCGAGGCUGCCGAGAACCGAGCAGUGGCCGCGGCAUCUGCGGAGGCGGCCGGCGCGCGCGAGGCGGCGGCGGCCGCGGCUGGGGAGCGGGAGCGGGAGCUGGAGGGGCAGGCUGCUGCGCUGCAGGCGCAGCUGGAGGCGGCGCGGCUGGAAGGCGAGGCGUUUGCCGCGGAGCGCGGGGCAUGGGACGCGGAGCGCGCCACGCUCGCCGCCGCAGCCGCAGCGGCCGAGGAGGCGGCGCGCGCGGUGGGGGCCGAGGCCGCAGAGCGCGCCGCCGCGCAUGCGGCGGAGCUCCGGGACGCGGAGGCGCGCGGCGCCGAAGCGGCGGCGGCGGCCCUUGACGCGGAGCGGGCGGCGGCGGAGCAGCGGCAGUCGGAGGUGCUGCAGGAGGCCGAGGCGGCUGCGGGGGCCGAGCGGGCGGCGGUGGCCGCUGCUGCCUCGGAGGCCGAGGCGCUGCGGGAGCGGCUGCGGGCCGCACAGGACGAGGCGGCGGCCGCAGCGGCCGCGUCGACGGCGGCCGCGGCCGCGCUGGCGUCCGAGCUUGCGCCGCUGCGCUCCCAGCUGGAAGCACUGCAGGAGCGGCUGGCUGCUUCUGACGCGGCGCUGCGGGAGGCGGAGGGUCGGUUGGAAGACGAGCGGUCGAGGGGCCACGAUGUGUCAGGGGAGCAGCAGUUGGAGCAGCAGCUGCAGCCGGCGGCUGCAGACCUUGCAAAGUCCCAGUCGCGCUGCGCGGUGCUGGAAGCCGCCGCGGCCGAGAGCGCGGGGCAGGCGGCGGAGGCGCGGGCGGGGGCGGAGGGCGGCGCGGACGCGCUGCGGGCGGCGCUCGCGUCGGCGGCGGAGCGGGAGGCGGAGCUGCAGCAGCAGUUGGCGCGGGCGGCCGCCGCGCUGGAGGCGGCGCGGCUGGAGGGGCGGGACGAGCUGCAGGGAGUGCAGCGGCGGUUGGACGAGUCGGAAGCUGGGCAGGCGGCGCUCCGGGAGGAGCUGGCGGCGGCGCAGGCGGCUUGCGCCUCCGCCGAACAGGUUGCGGCUGCCGCCGAUGCCGCUGCAGCAGCAGCGGCGGCGGCAGCAACGGCGGCGGCCCCAACCCCGGCAUUUGCACCAGUCUCAGGAGAGACCGAUGCCGCCGGCGCGGCGGGCGACGCUGCUGCGGUGGCGGCGACGGCGGACGCGCAGCGGCGCCUGACCGCGCUCGAAGCGGAGCGCGAGGCGGCGGCCGCGGCGGCCGCCGAGGCGCUCGCGCGCGCCGCAGAUGCGGAGGCGCGGGGGGACGCCACGGCGUCCGCGGCGGCGGAGGCGCAGCAGCGAGCCGCGGCGCUGGAGUCUGACAACGCCCGGCUCUCGGCUGCCGCGGAGCAGGCGUCUCUGCAGCUGCAGCAAGAGCGGGCGCGGCUCGCAGCCGACUUGGAGGAGGCGCGCGCCGAGGCUUCGCGCCUGCGGCAGCGGCUCGACGCGGAGGCGGAAGGCGGCCGGGAGCUGCAGCGGCGCUCGGAGGAGCAGCAGGCGGCGGCUGCGGCGGCGGCUGGUUCCGGGCCAGCAGAGCUCGGUGGCGGGGGCGCGCGUGUGGUCGCUCUGGCGGAGGAGCUGGCGCGGGUGAGGGAGCAGCUGCAGCAGCAGCAGCAGGAGCAGCGGCCGGCCCGCAGCCCGCCGCCGCUCGCGGCCGCGGCCGACGAGCUGCGCGCGGCGCUCGCGCAGCUGCGCGCCGCCGACCUGGACGCAUGCCUGCCCGCCGCCGCGCUCGGCGCGGCCGCGCCCGGCGGGCCCAGGGCCGAGCGCCUGCUGGCGGCUGUCGCGGCCAGCAGCGCCGCGCUCGAGGCGGCGCGGGGGCGCGCCGAGGCGGCGCUUGCGGCCGCUGCGGCGCCCGUUGCAGGUGUUGCUGCGGCGGCGCCUUUAGACCUCCUGUCCGGUGAUGAUUUCGAUGUUGCUGGCGUUCCACCUGGCGUGGCAGUUAGCGCUGCAGCGGCAGAGGACGGCGAGGUGGCGGCGCUGCUGCGCGAUCUGGUGUGUGAUCUGGCGGCCAAGUCGCAGCUGGUGAACGAGCUCAAGUGUGACAGGCUGCUGGCAGAGGAGGCGCAGCAGCAGCAGCAGCAGCAGCAACAGCAGCAGCAGCAGCAGCAGCAGCAGCAGCAGCAGCAGCAGCAGCAAGUUGGGGACAGCGGCGCCGUCGCGGCGCGCGCGGUCGGCGCGCAGGCGCUGGCCGCGGGCGAGGCGGCGCGGGGAAUGCUGAACCGCUGGCUGGGGCCAGGUGCGCCGGGGGGUCCGUCACACGGUUUGCAGCAGCAGCAGCAGCAGCAGCAGCAGCAGCACCAGCAGCAGCAGCCUCAACAGCAACCCCAGCAUCUGCAGCAACAGCAGCACCACCACCCAGCUGGCGGUGCCCAUCCGUCUUCUGCGGGGCCCGCGCCGUCGCUGCUCAGCCCCCAAAUUCUGGGAGGCCUCGGAGCGCGUGUGACUGAGGGCGUCAGCAGCCUGGGCCUGGGAGCCCUCAUGGGGCGGGGCCAGCCGCAGCAGCAGCAGCAGCAGCAGCAGCAGCAGCAGCAGCAGCAGCAGCAGCAGCAGCAGCAGGCGCGAAAAAUCCUGCUGGCAAAGACUGUGGCGUUCUAUGGCGACUCCUUGAUGCGAUACCACUUUUUGAACCUGGCGGUUUUCUUGGCAACAGACCAGCUGAUGGAGCGGUAUGCGGGCGUCCCAGAGACCUCCCCCAGCCUCAACCAGCAACAUCAGUUCCUGCACCCCAAGUUUGCGGUGGACACCAAUGACACAGACAUAUUGUUGUUCAGGGAGUAUCACAAGGUGGUGGACCGCACUGGCGAGUGCAUGAAUACCUCUGAAACCUGCACCAAUAAGCGCGACUGGUGCAAUUUUCAGGUCAACACGCUGGCCGGCAACUUCACGCUGCAGUUCUUCCCCCUGUACGGCGCCACCAACGCCAGCGAUACAUUGGACACGCUGAUCACCAUCAUGCAGAACGGCGCUGACAUCAUCGUCCUCAACCAUGGGCUGUGGGGUGAUCAGUGA